AUGAAUCCACCGAUCUCUGUACCAGCUUCUUCUUCUCCGACGAUGGACGUUUCGCCGCUUCUAAGCCGGAGCAGGCGUAACCUUCCUCGUUCAUCUCAGCCGCUUCGAGGAGCAGCGGCGAGGCUUCUCCGUCGCGCUAGCAACCGUCGGAUGAUGCUCCGUGAACCUUCCGUUCGAGUCCGUGAGGUGGCGGCUGAGCAGCUUGAGGAGAGACAGAGUGAAUGGGCUUACUCGAAACCGAUUAUAGUUCUCGAUAUACUAUGGAAUUUCGUCUUUGUGAUUGUGUCGAUUGCGAUUCUAGGGUUUAGUUCUGAAGAAAAACCUGAUGUUCCUCUUAGGUUGUGGAUAAUUGGAUAUAAUUUCCAGUGUUUGUUUCACGUUGGAUGUGUAAUCGCUGAGUAUAGACGACGCAGAGAAGCUAAUUCUCCUCUUAGUGAAGAAGAUUCAUCGAAUCAUGGAUCUCUUAGUGGAAGUGAAGACGAAUCUGAUGGUGGUUAUGGCAUCGACGAAGCUGAUGAUGAUCAUCGAACUAGUUUCGCCAAGCACCUCGAAUCCGCGAAUACGAUGUUCUCUUUUGUCUGGUGGAUCAUCGGGUUUUACUGGGUCACAGGUGAUACCGAGGCUCUUGCUCAAUCUUCGCCUCAACUCUACUGGCUUUGUGUUGCAUUCCUUGCCUUUGAUGUUAUAUUCGUUGUCAUUUGCGUUGCGGUUGCUAGUCUAAUCGGUAUUGCUGUUUGUUGCUGCUUACCUUGCAUCAUCGCGAUCUUGUACGCGCUAGCAGAUCAGGAAGGUGCGCCGGAUGAGGAAAUAGAAAGGCUUUCAAAAUUCAAGUUUCUCACGGCAAAGAAUUCUGAGAAAGUGAAUGGCGAAAUCCGGGAAACUCAAGGAGGGAUAAUGACUGAAGUAGGCGUUGAUUCUCAAACAGAACGCGUGAUAUCUAGCGAAGAUGCUGAAUGCAGCAUAUGUCUAUGUGCAUAUGAAGACGGAGUAGAACUAAGGGAACUUCCUUGUGGACACCUUUUCCACAGUUUAUGCGUAGACAAAUGGCUAAGGAUCAACGCGACUUGCCCUCUCUGCAAAUUCAAUAUCCUCAAGAAUGGUGAAAAUAGCGGCAGUGAACAAGUGUGA